AUGGCAUUCUCUUGCAUCUCCCACAUCUUCAUCAAUCUUACAACACCAACACAACCAGUCCAUAAACCCAACCAUACAGGUCUCAUCCACCAAGCCUCUCUCCCAACAAACCCACCUUCCACGUUUCCUCCCGCACCCAAUCAACCCACAACAGCAUUCGCCCCCAAUCUUGUAUCCGGUGCAACGUUUCGCGAGCGCAUGCAAGAAAUCUUGUCGGAAUCGCGGACAACAGAACGGAUCGAAACACAAGACGAAGACAGGGGAGAAGACGGAACGAGUUGGGUGUUAGCAAACAAGGAUGUGGACGGAUGGAAUAUUGGGCGUGAGAAAGCUACGCAAAUGUUUGUUAAGAGGAAGGGGAGGGGUGAGUUUAGAUUCGAAGACGCGAUGGUGGAGGGGUGGGGUAUUGGAUUGAGGGAGAAAGAAGCGAAUUAUCGCGUAAUGGAGGAGUGUAAAAAGGACAAUGAGCAGGAGGUACCGGACAGGCAAGAAAUGUUGAGAGACGGUUUUAAGUAUCGGGGAUGGGUUGAUGAGGAGAUUUAA